AUGUCGCUCGGUCCGCCAGAGGUGGCGCCUGUCUUGUCGACUCCGGACACACAUGUCUUUGAGGAUCCGACUCCGGCCAUCGACCCUUCGCUCGUGCGAACCUUCUCGGACGAACAAUUAUACCUCACCUACGAGAUCAAGAGGACCGUCCAAGAAAUCCGACAUGGGAAAUACAAGAAGAUAGCUCUUCAGUUCCCGGAUCAUAUGUUGACAGAUGCGCCGAGGGUCUUCGAAGCAUUGCAGAAAGAGCUUGAUCUACAGAAAAAGAAUGAGGACGUGACUGAAGCUUUGGACAAGGUUUCGCUGGAUUCUGAGAGAGAGAGAUUGUGCAUCUUGGGUGACACUUCAUACGGUGCAUGCUGUGUUGAUGAGGUCGCUGCUGAGCAUGUCUCUGCCGAGGUCGUUGUACACUACGGCCGCACCUGCCUUUCUCCUACACAAAGACUGCCCGUCAUCUAUGUCUUUACCUUCCGCCCGCUUGAUCUGGAUGCCGUAGUCGCCAGCUUCCAGAAGACAUACCCGGAGAAAGACCACAAAGUAGUCUUGAUGGCCGACAUUCCUUAUUCCGAACACGUCCAACCUCUGCAGUCUGCCCUCGAGAAGGUCGGCUACACCAACCUCUUUUCCACCUCCGUCGUACAUAACCCCUCGUCCUUGUUGCCUAACCGCACAGUCCCUGCUGGCGUAGAUGAGGAUGCCACCGUUCUUCGCGACUACUCGCUCUUCCACAUCUCCGAGCCUCCGACCUCCCUCCUUCUCAACCUCACCUCUCGCGUCGCUUCCAUUGACAUCUACCCUACCAUCUCUGAAGGUUCCGAGGCCCCUCAAGCCAUGUCAGCCUCGACUGCUCAGAUCCUCCGUCGCCGAUAUGCUCUCGUCACAAACCUCAGCACUGUCUCAGUCUUUGGUAUCCUGAUCAACACUCUUUCAGUCAAGAAUUAUAUGGAAGCUUUGGCACAUGUUCAGGACCUCAUCACCCGCGCUGGUAAGAAGUACUACACUUUCGUUGUGGGCAAGGUCAAUGCCGCCAAGAUUGCAAACUUUUCCGAGGUUGAUGGUUGGGUCAUCAUUGGUUGUUGGGAGAGCAGUUUGAUCGAGAGCAAGGACUUCUGGAAGCCCAUCAUCACGCCCUUCGAGUUGGCUCUGGCUCUCACCGAUGAACGCGACCGUAUCUGGACUGGAGAGUGGAACAGUGAUUUCCAGUCACUGCUAGGCAAGAAGACUGUCGUUCGCGGCGAAGGUACUCGCGACGAUGAGUCCGACGAGCAAGAUGGUGAAGGCAUCAAUGACGACUCAGACUCGGAGUCAGAAGCACCCGUCUUCGAUCUCCGAACUGGACGCUACGUCUCGCAAAGUCGUCCCAUGGCGCGACCUUCCGCUUCUGCUUCGAAUAAGACUGCUGCCAACAGUCUCAUCAAGCGUGCUAACGGUGAUCUCGCCCAAAUCGGUGGCGAGGUCUCUCCUGCUGCAGAAUACUUGCGCAGCAAGCGUACAUGGCAGGGCUUGGGCACUGACUAUGAAAUCGUAUACGACUACGACGAAGAAGGCAAGAUCAAGGGCGCAGCCAUGGAAGAAGGCCGUGGUGGUGUCGCCCGAGGAUAUGUGGUUGGUGACUCUGAGCGCUCAUGA